AGUUGCCGUCAAGUGCGCACGGCAAGAACCCGACAAACCGGCAUUUUCACCCGCGUUGAAUUUAUUAUCCACAAGCCAUGCCCGCAGCCUCCGCGGCCGUCGUUGCGCCCUACGUCGUCCCGGUGGCCUCCACCAAGGCAGAGGACAACCAGCAACAGCCGGUGCAACCCAUGAAAAGUCCCAAGUCGGUGCGCUUCGCCAACACCAAAGACCUCGAGACCUGCCGACCGCAACUGGGCUCGCACUACGAAACGCCCUACGCGGCACGAUCCGUGGCUCAGAAUGGCUCCACCACUCGCCGCUACACCAUAGACGAGGUGGAGCUUUACUUUAGCGAAGACCGUCCCGAAUUUCCCGUCCAAGUAAGUGACUAUGCAGUGCAAAAAGCUGCCAAACGUGAGAAUUUUGUGCUCUGCGGGUUCAUCGAAACCCGGCGAAUGAAAUUGGGAAUCACCAGUUGGAACAAAUGCUGGGCUGAGCUGUACGCCGACAUUUUGGUCUUGCGCAAGUUUAAAGACACAAUUCAACGUAAAAGGUCGCUAAUUCCCGUUGCCAGUGCGCGAUUGGAGUUCCUCGACUUUAACGACAAAGUUAUGCAGAUAGAUUUCCUAUACCAGGGCAAAAGUGAGACCAGCAUCCUACGCUUCCAGACCAAACAGGAUAUGUUUCUCUGGUGGUGGUCUAUCCAAGUGGCCGCUCGUAUACCGAUGGAGCCCCAAUUGCUCCACAAGUGUAUGAGUCGUGCCACGUUGUCUCCGUUCCAGAUCAAAGAAGGCACGUACCAAGUAGAUAACGUGCUGUUUCCAAAGUUUAUCCAACCGGUUCUUAACCCUCUGAAGAAAAAGUUGCAAGCUCCUCGAGGAGUGACGCACCUCAUUUUCAUUCGUCACGGAGAGACUGAGAACAUUAACUUCCGAGUUUGUGACCGAGAUAAGAAACUGACAAAGCGCGGAGAGGAACAGGCUGAGAUCACAGCCAAAUCGUUGAACAAGAUGUUUAAACUUCGAGGAGAUAACACACCAAGUGUCAGUUUGGUGUAUGGAGGACUGCGACGGACUGUGGAGACCGCAGCGAUUUUUGCCAAAAAGAUGCCAUGGCUUGCCAAAAAGUACGAGUGUUGCUUUCUAGAAGAUGGAGCACCCAAGAAUGUGGACAUUUUCCAUCGCUACGACUACCGCGAGUCGAUGCACAAGAUGGCGUUCCAGAACAUUUGCCGUUGGGAUGGAGAUGAUACCAUGGCGCGUGGGCCGAAAGGAGAUUUAGAAAACUUCAAGCUUAUUAUUGCCCACACGAGCUUUAUCCAGCAUUGCAUGGCGCAGUGCUACGACGUCCCCAAGGAGGUCAUUCAACUGGGUGCACCUAUCAACCAUUGCAGCAUCACCCGCAUCGAUCUGAGGCCAAACGACGACAUGGUGGGGAAAUUCUCCAACCGAGUUUCACACCUGCCGCUCACCCACCAGACUAGUGAGUAAGAUAGAGUUAGUUAAAGAGUGAGCAAUGAAAAAGCGUAUACUUUGCCCGGUGUGUAUACUACGUAUUUUUGUUUUUAUAAAAAAAGUGAAAUGAAAAACGUGAAAACUUCGAA